UUGGAAACCUUGAGUAAGCAGCUCUGAUUUUACCAUAACUGCACUGAUUGUGACACCACCGACGCAACUCAUGUCCUUUUUCUACACUUUUCACGGAAAAGUUAUAAUUUUGCGAAAAAUGAUUCUGGUCCACAGUGCUCGCAUUCCUGCCGAAUUUCGCACAAAAGCCUGACGACAAAACACAAGUCUUUAAGUUUUUACUGCUCCAUAACGCCGUGCCACACCGUCUUGAUUUAUGCAAUCGGCUCCGGAUUUAAUUACCUUCUCAUAAUAAUUAUACGAGCCACCCCGUCAUCCCCGAAAAUGGCUCGCAAUUUUGGCAAAUUACCUGUUUUAUUGUUCUGCCUUCUAUUGUUCUACCAUUCCAGCACACAAACGCCAUGAUCCGGUCGGCCCCGAUAGUGCUGAAUACGGCGGCAGCUACUGCGGUUGGAUCCGGACAGGGGAAGCGGCCAACGACAGAGGUAGCCGAUGGAGGUGAAGCUCCGGCAAGCCUCGAAGAACUAGUUCCUGUAUCGCGGCCGGAGGAUUCGGCAUCCAACAACGGUCGAGAAGACUUGAGAGUGACGUGCCACAGCGAGGAAUCCGGUGGUUAUCCCAAUGGAUUGAGGGAAGUGCUGCUCCUGGGGGUGUACAUAACCCUGUUGGUGUUCCUGAUGAUACUGCUGACGCUGAUCAGCUUCAUCCAACCGAAGCCAAAGCCGACCGGGUUGGAUAAGGAGAGCUCGUCGUGCUCGGAUACAAGUUCGAUAGCGUCCGAUAAGCAAGUAUUGGUGAAGAAUGACGUGAUGGCUGGGGAUACGACGUCCUUGGCGGGAACGGAAAUUCUGCACGUUUAAUUGGUGAGAGGGGGUGAUUUGACUACUAACAGUAGGUAAAUAGAUUAAGGAAUGCUCAAAGUCAAUAGUUUAUAGGUUAGCUUUUGUAAUGGAUAUUAGUAUUACUAUUGGUAAGAUGCAACCUGCAGUUCGUCAGCCACAAACUCAAACGUGUUUUUGUAACAGAAAUAUUACGAAUAGCUUUGAGUGUGAAAAUUCAAUAAGAAUUAUUGUGCUUAAGUCAUACAAUAUGAUCAAUACUUUGAACACCAAAUUCUUUGUGAAGAAAAUCCAUGAAAUAAUCAAUGAAAACAGAAGAGUUUCUAUAUGGUCAUAGAUUGAAUGUAAAUAAUUAUAAUGAAGUCUAUUAAUCUUCUCCAGUUAACUAUCAUUCAAAAGUUUUAAAAAUCAACUUUUGAAUACUUCCGUGGAUUUUAAAAAAAUCUUAGUGGGUCUUCAUACAGAUGCCAAUAUCUGCUUCUUGACCUCCAAAAAAUAGUGAAAAAGUAAGAAUUUCCACAACAACAUUAUCGAGCAGUGUUUCUUUAAUAGCUUAAACGGUUUAAAGUACAAAGAGAAUGAAUCAAAGUUGCCACAAAAAUAGCAAAUCGAAUGUGUUCACACCGAACAAGCACGUUUUACUAAAACUAAUAAUAAAUAAUUCCUAAAAGCAAAACUCUCAAAUCAUUCAUUCGCACUUGAACGAAAGUGUAAACAUUGAUAAUUGUACGGAGAUAGGCUAAACACAGCUCACAGCCGGGUUUUCAGAUUCUUCUUUUUUUUUUUUCUCCACCAAAUCGUCAAUUAGAAUAAAAUCACCAAAUUAUGAUAAAAUUAUGCGUCUCAUGCAUCCACAACGAACGAAACGAAAAGGAGCUGGUAGGAGACCCGAUGACGACCCGAAAGAUGCGCGCGAUAGUUAUGGAAGACGAAGAACGAAUGAAAUUAUUAUUGCCAAGCAGAUAGGGGAAGAGUAUGGGUGGUGGAAGGGAGGUAGAAGUGGUGGUCGCUGGUCUAGACUUUCAGGAAAAGCAAGUGAAGGAGCUUAUUCUGUGAGUCAGUUUGAUGGAAUUUCAGAAUUUCUUAAUUUC